CUUUAGAAAAAAAAAGUUUCAGCAGUACAAGUCUUCCUCAACAUUGCCCAUUUCAAAACUCCCAUUUUCCUCCAUUGUUUCCUUCGUUUCUCUCUCUUUCUACACCUUUCUCUCUCCUCUCCGGUAAGUUAUACACACAUAAAUCUCUCCAUACGGCCAUCCGUACAUGUUUUAAUAGAGAAGAUAACAAAAUGGGGAAUAGAGUGGAUCACGAGUACGAUUACCUGUUUAAGAUCGUAUUGAUUGGUGAUUCUGGAGUUGGGAAAUCGAACAUUUUGUCCAGGUUUACGCGAAAUGAGUUCUGUUUGGAGUCCAAGUCCACUAUCGGAGUUGAGUUUGCCACCAGAACUCUUCAGGUAGAGGGAAAGACAGUCAAGGCCCAAAUAUGGGACACUGCAGGCCAAGAAAGGUACCGAGCAAUUACCAGUGCUUACUACAGAGGAGCAGUUGGUGCACUCCUUGUUUAUGACAUAACAAAGAGGCAAACAUUUGACAAUGUUCAGAGGUGGCUACGAGAAUUGAGAGACCAUGCAGAUUCUAACAUUGUAAUUAUGAUGGCUGGAAACAAGUCCGACCUUAACCAUCUUAGAGCAGUCUCCGACCAGGAUGGUCAAACUUUAGCUGAGAAGGAAGGACUGUCAUUUCUUGAGACAUCGGCAUUGGAAUCAGUUAACAUAGAUAAGGCUUUUCAGACUAUACUGACGGAGAUAUACCAUAUCAUAAGCAAGAAGGCAUUGGCUGCUCAGGAAGCAGCCGCAAGCACUACCCUUCCUAGUAAAGGUACAACCAUCAAUGUCAAUGAUACUUCUGGAGAUGUGAAGAGAGGCUGCUGCUCUACCUAAGUUAGAGUUUCAAUGAGGAAUUAAGAAUCGGUAGGGAGCACAAAACUUUCUUCUUCUAAUUUUUUGGUUUAUUUUAUUAUUAUUCAAAGCAAGAGAUGUAGAUUACUUUCUUGAUUGUACAAGACAAAGAGGUUGUGAAUGUUAAUUGUCUAGUGAUUUAGGAGGAUCUAUCAUAUGAACUGCUUAACUAUUUCCUUUAGAAAAUGACCUAUACGGGUGAUGUUGGGAAGAACAGAUCUGCUAUCUAAUGUCUUCAAGGUUACUUGGUAUACAGAGGAUUCAAUUAAAUUCUAGCAUUUUCAUUGUA